AAACCACUCCUGCCAUGGUAAAGGCAGGCAGCACUUGGCGUGACCAUCCAUGGGGCAGCGUCUGUGAGCAGGGGGCAGGCGUGUCAGCGUGUGCUAGCCUCCCAUGGACUUCAUUCACAGCAGUGGGGUGCAGGUCAUCCAGCACCUCCAGAGCAACUACAAAGACUACCAUGACUUCCUCAACUUCAUGUCGUCCGUCGGCGAUCCACGGAACAUCUUCUCGCUUUAUUUCCCGCUCUGGUUCCAGCUCAGUCAGAUUGUUGGGACUAAGAUGAUCUGGGUGGCAGUCAUUGGUGACUGGCUCAACCUCAUUUUCAAAUGGAUUUUGUUUGGACACCGACCAUACUGGUGGGUGCAGGAAACCCACUUCUAUAAGAACCAUUCUCUACCUCAGCUCGAACAGUUUCACAUCACCUGUGAAACAGGACCAGGUAGCCCCUCUGGCCAUGCUAUGGGUUCUUCAUGUGUGUGGUAUGUAAUGAUCACUUCUGCAGUCAAUUUCACAAGACCACAUAGCGACACAACCUGCCAAGAAUCCCAGAGAUUUCGCCUGGUGUGGUCAUUCCUCUGGAUUGCAUUCUGGGUCAUUCAGAUUAGUGUCUGUGUCUCAAGAGUAUUCAUUGCCACCCACUUCCCCCAUCAGGUCAUACUUGGGGUUUUAGCAGGCAUGCUUGUGGCGGAGGCUUUCGAGCACAUCCCCUCCAUCCACACAGCCAGUUUCAAGGUCUACCUCCAGACCAGUCUCUUCCUCUUCUCCUUCGCCCUCAGCCUCUACUUCCUGCUCAAGCUGAUCCACAUCGACCUGCUCUGGUCCAUCUCCAAGGCCAAGAAGUGGUGCGUCAACCCUGAGUGGAUCCACCUGGACACCACGCCGUUUGCCGGGCUGGUGCGCAACCUGGGCGCCCUCUUCGGCCUCGGCCUGGCCAUCAACUCGCAGAUGUUCCUGAAGAGCUGCAAGGGCAAGAGCAGCUACCAGACGCGCUUCAAGCUGACCUGCGUGGCCGCCACGCUCACCACGCUGCAGCUCUACGAUCUCAUCAAGGUGCCCACGCACACGGAGGUCCUCUUCUACACGCUGUCCUUCUGCAAGAGCGCGGUGGUGCCGCUCAGCGUGGUCGCCCUCAUCCCGUACUGUGUCCACCUCUUGAUCGGGCACUCAGAGAAGAGACUGGACUAGGAGGAGUUAAGUGUAAAUAUGCUGGAUGUUCAAGAGUAUGAAGUCAUUUGUCUCAUUUUGUGUUACAUUUUUUUCCAAAGAGUUUGAUUUUUUUUUUUUUUUUCAAGGAAUCUGAUGUUGAGAUGAUGCACUCCGUUUUGUCUUACAACGGUUGUGUGCCAUUUUAUUGGGGUUGUUUACAUAGAUUUGUUAGUAUGAGCCUUUGUUUUGUAAUGAAAAUAAAAUGUUAACAGUAAUAAGUUUCAUUUGUUGUAUGUACUAUAUAUGUAUGCAGAACAUAUUGUGAAUUAGUGCUUAGUGCACCAAGCAUUUUGUAAAUAUUCCUGAAAUUGAUAUUCUUAUAAACUUUUCUGUGUAUAUGAAAAAAUACAUGUAUAUGGCAAAUAAAAAUCCUUGUUCAGAAGAGGCAUAAUGAAAAGCAUAAUCAAGAAUAAAGCCAUU